CCACGUUGGUUGUCUCAAACUUACCCUAUACUCUUCACCUACCUGCUUCCUUUGAUCCUUCCAAUGUCACGAGCACUCGACAAGAGUCUCAAGGAAUCUCUCAAACAUGGAGAUCAUCAUUCAAUAUUUCUUGAGAUCUCAAAUGUUCUUAUCGAAGCUUCAAAUGAGCUUCUGGAGAUCGAGUUAUUGGGUAAAAGCCACAUCCUGGAUGCCCAUACAUCAGUCUUACGAGACGAGAAUGCAGUGGCCAUACCAAAAUUACGCCUCGUGCAGGCUUUUAUAGUGGCGCAGAAGCUUUUUAAACAGUUCCAGGCCGAUAGCCAAUGGGUAUCGGUAGAAGAUGUCUCGAGGUCAACUGCUGUUAUUCUGUUGAUGGAUCCGGAGCAUCUGACAGCUGCCAACAUGAGAAAACGGCUUAUCAGAGACAAAUGGAGAGAAGAAGAUCUGCAAGACAAACUUUACGUCGAGAAACACCUGACUGAUAGUUUACUGACCAGUCGGCUUCAUCGACACACGAAGUCACCAACACUAUGGAACCAUCGCCGAUGGCUAAUGGAGCAAUAUCGUCGUCACAAUAUCGAGGUUACAGCCGAGGAUGGCCUCACAAGAACAAUCAUGAUAUCUGGAGAAAGACAUCCACGGAAUUACUAUGCAUGGUGUCACGCUAGAUAUCUGGUCAACACCUUUGUCCUGCCAUCAUCAAGCUCACAGGAGAAGAUAUCACGCAUGAUCAUCGCUACGCAAAAGUGGUGCUUUGCACAUCACAAUGACAUAUCUGGCUGGCAAUUUCUUCUGUUCCUGGUAGACAAGCAACCUGCCGAAACAUUGCCUGUGUUUCGCGAGACAUUGAAACUCGCAGCCUCGUUCAAGUGGCGGAAUGAAUCUGUGUGGUACUUCCUUCGGCUUGUGACUGCUCGGGGAGUCACAAACUAUGACAAGGAGGAGUUUGAAAGCCUGCGAAAGACACUCUGGGAGACCGCAACUGAGGACAGUAUUGAGAAGACGACGCUUGAAAGAGCAGAGCAGUGGCUCAUGGUUAGUCAAUGAUCGUGUUCGCAAGGAACUGGACUUGAGGGCCGGGGCUGAAACCGAAACUCACUCAUGGGUUGCCUCACGGGUGUCUUUCGGGUAUGCGACCAUGAAACAUGGGAAUAGAUGUUGGAAAUAGAAACAAUACGGUCUCAACUGGAGCACAGACGCUGAAUAACGAUUAUCUUGUCGCGAACUCACGAUCCUUAUCUAAAUGAAGAUCUGCCGUCUCCUUGACGUUGAAAUAUCAAACCCUGAGAGGCCGGCGGCUAGUGACCUAUCACAGCUGAAUAUAUGUAUGGUUAAAAGCUGCAAUAUGAAUUCAAAUUGAGGUCUACCCUGAUCGACACGAUCCGAGUAGAUAG